CAGCAUCCGCCAAAACAACAGCACAUGCCACCACCAUGAAGAUCGUGGAGCUGGUGAUAGACGGCUACAAGUCGUACGCGACUCGCACCGUGAUCAGGGACUGGGAUAGCAGCUUCAACGCCAUCACCGGAUUGAACGGCUCCGGGAAGUCCAACAUUCUCGAUUCGAUAUGCUUCGUGCUUGGUCUUACCAACCUGAGCUCCGUGCGAGCGUCGAACCUCCAGGAUCUCAUAUACAAGCGCGGACAGGCCGGUGUCACCAAAGCGAGCGUUACCAUUACGUUCGACAACCGUGACAAAGCCAAUAGCCCCGAAACGCACAAGAAUGUCGACACAAUCUCAGUAACGAGAACGAUCGUGAUCGGUGGAACUACCAAAUACCUUAUCAACGGAAUGCGCGCGCAGCAACACCUAGUUCACAGCUUGUUCCAAUCGGUCCAGCUCAACAUCAACAACCCCAACUUCCUAAUUCAACAGGGAUACAUUACAAAAGUGUUGAGCAUGAAGCCGAAGGAGAUUCUGUCGCUUCUUGAGGAGGCCGCCGGAACACGAAUGUAUGACGACAGGCGAGACAAGGCGCUCAAAACUUUGACGAAGAAGGAACUGAAAGUGCAGGAGCUCAAUGGGCUCUUGACGGACGAGAUUGGCCCCAAGCUGGACAAGCUACGCCAAGAGAAGCGCGCCUUCCUUGAUUUCCAACAGACACAGGGCGAUCUCGAACGUUUGAUCCGGCUGGUCGUCGCCUACGAUUACGUGAAUUACAAGGAGAAGUUGCGGCAAUCUCUAGACGACCUGGAAGCGAAGAAGCAGCGCGCAGAUUUCUUGGAACAGUCGGCCGCACGCAUGAAAGGCGAGAUCGAAUACAUUCAGGAGGACAUUGAGAAGGUGAAAGCAACGCGCGAAAAGGAACUUCGCAAGGGCGGACAAUUCCAAGCCCUCGACGAGGAGGUCAAGACCCAUUCUCACGAACUGGUGCGCUUGACGACUGUCCUUGAUCUGAAGAAGUCCAGCAUAUCAGAGGAAGUCGAUCGGAAGCGCAACAUCGAGGAGAGCGUUCAAGACCUGGAAAAGCAGCUGCAGGAAAAGAUAAAGGCCCACGAAAAGCUAGAACAAAAGUACAAUGCUGCACACGAUGAAUUAGCUAAGCAGACCGCGGAUGUAAGCGAAAAGGAAGAGCUCCUUCAAACGCUUCAAACGGGCGUGGCGUCGAAGGAAGGCCAGGAAAGCGGUUACCAAGGCAAGCUCCAAGAAGCUCGAAACAGGGAAAGCGCAGCUGCAAUCGAACAAGAACAAAGCAAGCUCAAGAUCGCGCACCUGGAGAAGCAGAUCAAGGAAGAUGAGCCGAAAGCCAAGAAAGCCAAAGAGCAGAACUCCGGACUCUUGAAAGAGUUGGAAGCACAAAAACUCCAAGCCAAAAGACUGGAAGCGGAGCUCUCAAAGCUGGGCUUCGAUGCUGGGCAUGAAGCGGAACUCUACCAACAAGAGUCCCAUCUGCAAACUCGGAUACAGGACUUACGACGUGAAGCUGAUGCUUUGAAGAGGAAGGUUGCCAAUAUAGACUUCAGCUACGAGAACCCGUCACCAAAUUUCGAUCGCUCGCGCGUCAAGGGCCUGGUUGCACAGCUUUUCACCCUCGACAAGGACCACACGCGUGCCGGUACUGCUCUGGAGAUAUGCGCCGGCGGUCGCCUGUACAAUGUUGUCGUCGACACCGCAGAGACGAGCAAGCAGUUGAUCCAGAAUGGGCGGCUCAAAAAACGAUACACUGUGAUCCCAUUGAACAAGAUAAAAGCAUUCAAGGCCUCCGCCGAGAAGAUUGGCGCUGCUCAACGUGAAGCUCCUGGCAAAGCCAACUUGGCCUUGUCUCUCAUAGGGUACGACGACGAAGUUUCCGUCGCUAUGGAAUAUGUCUUCGGGAACACGUUCAUUUGCGAAGAUGCCAAAACGGCCAAGGCGGUAGCCUUUGGUGGGCCGCGGACGAAGAGCGUUACUCUGGAAGGUGACGUAUACGAACCUCAAGGAACGCUAUCUGGAGGAAGCGCGCCCCAGACGAGCGGUGUUCUUGUGACGCUGCAGAAAUUCAACGAGAUCACUGGCGAACUCCAAGCACAGGAGCAGCAGCUUGCUGAACUUCAAGCCACCAUGGCUAGGGAGAGGAAGAAGCUCGAUGGUGCCAAGAGGCUAAAGCAGGAGCUGGACCUAAAGACUCAUGCCAUCCAGCUUACGGAGAGCCAGAUCAGUGGAAACUCAUCUUCAUCGAUCAUCCAAGCAGUAGAGGAGAUGAAGAAAUCCAUCGGUCAACUCAAAGACGACAUCAAAGCCGCCAAGUCCAGGCAAGACGAAGCGUCCAAAGACAUCAAGCGCGUCGAGAAAGACAUGAAGGAGUUUAACAGCAACAAAGGUAGCAAACUUGCGGAACUGCAGUCUUCGCUCGACAAACUCAAAAAGGCGUUGGCCAAGAACAGCGCUUCUCUCAAGCCGCUUCAAGCUGAAAACCGAGAAGCGAAGGUCGUAGUUGAUCAUAUUGCGGGAGAUCUUGCAGCCGCGAAGGAGCAGCUGGAAGAGGCUCAAACAACAUUGAGCAGUUCGCAAGAAGAAAUCGAUGCACUCGUCGCUGAGCAGGCCAGGGUGAAACACGACCAUGACGUUGCUCAGGCUAAUCUUGCGGACGAACAGAAGAAACUCACAAGUUUUGAUGACGAACUGCGCGCACUCGAGGACGCGAUCAAGACCAAAAAUUCAUCGAUCACGGAGGCAAAGCUAGAGCAGCAGAAGCUAGGUCACGAGAUCGAGCGCUUCGACAAGGAACGCGACGAAGCAUCGGGCAGAAUCGAAGCACUCGAGAAAGAGCACGACUGGAUCGAGCUGGAAAGCGAGCAGUUCGGAAGAUCCGGCACCAUAUACGAUUACAGAGGGCAGAAUAUGUCCGAUUGCAAGAGUCGACGGAAGACCAUGGACGAGCGAUUGCGAGGCAUGAAGAAUAAGAUUAACCCCAAGGUCAUGGCGAUGAUCGACAGUGUCGAGAAGAAGGAAGUCAGCUUGAAGAAAAACAUGUCCAUUGUGAUCAAAGACAAGCAGAAGAUCGAAGAGACGAUAAAGAAGCUAGACAGGUAUAAACACGAGAAGCUGGAGGAGACGUGGGCCAAAGUCAACGGCUACUUUGGCACCAUCUUCAACGAUCUUUUGCCGGGUGCCUUCGCUAAGCUAGAUCCGUUGGAAGGCAAGUCUGUUUCAGAGGGUCUUGAUAUCAAGGUCAUGCUAGGCAAAGUCUGGAAGCAGUCUUUGACCGAGUUGAGUGGUGGUCAACGAUCCUUGGCAGCCCUCGCGCUGAUCCUGGCUCUGCUUCAAUAUAAGCCAGCGCCCAUGUACAUCCUGGACGAGGUCGAUUCGGCAUUAGAUCCGUCGCAUACACAGAACAUCGGUCGUAUCAUCAAGGAGCGCUUCACGGAGUCACAAUUCAUCAUCGUUAGUCUGAAGGAUGGCAUGUUUGAUAAUGCAAACCGCCUAUUCCGCAUUUACUUUGCUGACGGUACGAGCAAAUACGAGAUUAUGCCAACGAAGGGCGCAGCUCGUAGGUAGUGGGGUUGUAUAAUGAUCAUGUUAUGAAGGAACGAGCAGGCGCUUCUCGGGCGUACAUGGUUUGGGUUAGGAUAACUACCAGGGUUGGAAAGUGGGAUUGCAUCACGCGGCGCCUGUCUAUCUUUUUGCAUAUCGAAUUUCAUUGGUCUAGUCGACGGUGUUUGGCAGGUAGGUUUUCCGUUCUAGCAACAUGUCUUGCAUACCUCCUUCCUCUUUAGGGCUUUGGCCGCUCACAGCGUCCCUAAACUUUAGCGCAAUCUCUUCAUUUGACUGGCGCAACGGU